AUGGGAGUCUCCAUCGACUGGAUAGAUGUUUUGUUUCCGGUAGCUGCUGAGUUCUCGACUCUUCGAGCUGCCCCAAAUGCUGCUCGCGAUUCGUUGAGGGCGAUACUGCUUCUUACCCUCUUUGCCCUUACCUUUGCAGCAGCUAUGUUAGCUACUGUUUUGCGAGGCGAUUGGGCUAGAAGCCAUGUUACGUCAUUCAUUGCUUGUACGGGUGGUGGAGUGUUCCUCGCUACGUGCAUGUUAGAUCUAUUACCAGACGCCAUUGAAUCAUACGAGAAAUCAGGAUUCAAGUCGAGUUUCCCAGUCGCGGAAGCAGCUGUGGCGGGUGGGCUACUGAUGGUUCUGACGAUUGAACAGGUUGUUCUCGCUGUCCAAGAGCGUGGAUGGAUUAGGUCAGGUCAUCUGCACCUCCACGAUGAAGGAGAAAGCUCUCAUGUCCAAGAUGUAUCUCACUCGGAUGAUAGUGAAGAAGACGCGAAUCCGAUGUUGGGAGCGUGCCUUCUAGUGCUCGCAUUGUCAUUGCAUGCGCUCUUUGAAGGUCUUUCAUUAGCCGUCAUAACUGAUGCUUCUAAAUUGCUGCAGGUACUAAUCGGUGGGCUAGGUGGAAUGGAAAUUAUGUCUAUGAUUUCUGGUGGCGAUCGAUCAACAGCCGCCCUUGUUUCUACUAUACUUCAAGCCAUGCUUUUUUAUUUUAUAGCAUUUUCAGUUGUCGUAUGGGUAUCGAUUCGGUAUUUUGGGAUAUUCCUCUCAUGGUUACUGUCAGUAGUUAUUCGAUGUCCAUUAGAAAUUGGUAGUGUUGGUUGGUGGAGACUCAGCGAUGUGCGAAUUCGUUUACCAAGUGGACUCAACGUCUAUGUUGAUAUAUGCCAGCUUCAACUGUUCUCCGUUUUAGUAAGUAAACCUCUUCUGCUGUCGUUAUCUAAUGUUAAAGUGGAAGGAGAUGCUCAAUCUCUUGCACAAGCUUCACCUACAAGGAGAACUGGUGUGCCUCCUAGGCGCACCGAUUCUAAGCAUUCUUUAUUCUCUCGUGUUACUCAACUAAUUCAGUAUUGUGGAUUGUAUGUUUCUCGAGGACAAGUAGUUCUUUUCGAUGCUCCUCCUGGAUGUAUUUUUCAUGUAACCAUCGAUGAGCUGUUGAUGGAAACGUUUAGAAGCCGUGACGGCUGGCAGCUCGAAACAUCAUGUUCACUGACGCGAGCAAAAGCUAUCCGUCGCCAGAACACGAUGGGUCACUCCCUUUUCGAUCUUGGGCUUCAAUUUAGACUGUCAGUGGAUAUCGCUGGAGGUCGUCUCAAAACCGUUAGCUUUCGUGUCACGGAUCCGACUGUUGAGUUGUCGAGCGGUGUGUUCGACGAACUUGAAGAGCAUGGAGACUCCUUCAAGUUGUCUGGAAAUGCCGUUGACAAUGCGGAAAACUUAGCAAAUGGCAAGGAGCUCUUCUCGAUCGAACAUCUUUCGGAUUUAUGCAUUGAAACCAACAAUUGUCUUUUGAAAUAUAAUAAUUUAUCAGGUGGAGAAAGUCGAAUGUUAACGAUAGCAUUACGAGGACUGUCGGUCACCAAAGAUAGCGGGAAGACUCAAACACGUGUAGUGGGGUUGUCAGUUGAAGAUCAGCGCCAGCGACUAGCUUUACGGACAAGUCUUCUCGUUCUAUCACAUGAGAAACGGGUCACAGGAGUGUUUGUGCAAGUUAUUUCGGAUAGUGUUCAGACUUCUCUUUCUAUGCAGGAUGUCGCAUUUUGGAAACUUCACGUUGAUUCUGUUCUUCCUGUGAUAAGGAAAAUUGUAGGGCAGUCACCACCAGUUGCUCCUUCGACACCACCUCGUAUUCCUGUCACAUUCUCUGUAGAAGUGGCGUCUAUUUUUUGUGAUCUCGUGGAUGCCGAUGCAUUCCAGUCAACUUUAUCUGUGCAAUUUUUGAGUAUCACAAAAGUUUAUAUUGGAGCUGCGCUUGUGCAGCAAAACUUGAAGGAGCCGGACUUGCUCAUUGGGAUUGAUGAUUGUAAGAUCGAAUGGAGCGACAAGCUGGCUAGCCAAUUGAAAAAACUCGCAACUGUAUUUUCUACUAACAAUGCUGGUGCCACUACCGCGUCCGUUACCAGACGUACUCUAAAUGUUAGGCUACAGUUAAAGAGGGCCGCGUUGUUUUCUCUGGCAAAGGAAACAUCGUAUCUUGCUUGGCUAUGCGAUGAAUUAGCGGCAGAAAGUUCUUCGUCGUGUGAUUUAGUGGUGUCGGCGCAGAAGACUCGUUUAGUGUCCGGAGUGAUUCGUGACACCUUCAUCGACCUCGUCGUGCUCUAUAGUGUAAAGAAAUUCGUUCCACCUCCACCAGAAAAGGAUGCUUAUCCACCUUGGCGUUGCUGGAAUCAGUCGGAAAAUGAUGCCACAUUUGUUGAAUCGCAUGCCGGCCCAGUAGCACCAAGAAGAGCUCCAAAACCGACUCAGUACAGAAUGUUAACAAAUCACCCUGUCGAAUUAGUGAUGGAGUUGGCUCGUCAUCACAGGGUGGUAUGGCUUAUCCCGUCGUUAACGUUUGAUUACUCGCCAGCGGGUCUUACGGCAGUUUCACCGCAGUUAACUAUCAACAUGGAUGGAGCUGAUAUUGUGACCGCUAUAGUAUGGACCUGGACCGCAGCAUCGUUUCUGUUCUACCUUCCGUACGAGUUCAAUUUUGCGCAGGUUUUUGACGAGGUAUAUCCAUAUAAUGGUCAAUAUUGUAUGUUCUCGAAAGUGCUCUACCUUCAGUUCAUCAACUGUAUCAAGUGGAUCAAAUUAGUGCAUGGACUGAAGUCAACACCAUUUAGACCUGGUGGUCCAUUACCAGCCGACUUCCGCUUAGUGUUUAAGGAAGCUCGCAUUGAGCUUGAAGACGAUUUCUUUGAGAACUUGUUGCAGAUGAGUCACGAGCUCAAAGAAGACGAGGUUUAUGAGUGCGAGCGGAGACGGCAAAUGCUUAAAGACCGACUUCUUACCCUCCGUAAAGCAAAUCCUCUCAUACCGCUCCUCAAUUUUCAAGAGACCAGAAUCGAUGAGCUUUUCGCUAUGCUCCUGGAGAAGAACAGCGCUAUCUAUAUUGAACGUUGGAACAAAGCAGGAAAUGCAAAGAGGCCACUGUUUGUAUCGAAAUGGGUGGACUGGGAUUUACGCGCUUUUGCUGACGAAACAUUCCAUGGAACCGAUAAAUGCGUGGAUUUCAUUCACGAAUUCGAUCCAUUGAGUGCUUAUCCAGUCGGUGGACUGCAGUUUUCUACACUGUGGGGGCGAGCGGUUGAGCUUGACAUGGGAGAGUGGUGCGUAAAUUUCAAGGAUUAUCCCAUCCCAUAUUUGCUUGCAAAGGACAUGCAUUUCUUCGGUCUUCUUGUAGGCGCUGAAGAGAUUGAAGAAAGUGGUCGUUCAUUCCGUGAAUGUGAGAUACAUUUGCCGGCACCAUGGGAGACAUACACCGUGAGACGGAACAUGGCGCCAUUGAAGUUCUAUUAUGAUAUGCAGUGCGCAAGUAAUCAAAGGAAAUCCGCUGCAGAAAGCGCGGAUCUCUCUGCGACGUAUGGGCCGUGCUGGGAGCCGUGCUUGUCAAUGAUCAGUCUUAUGUGGAAUAAUAUAAGUGCUCCGUCGAAAGAUCCAUCAGUUCCGCUGCCUUUCUGGGAUAAAAUGCGCUUCCUACUUCAUGGGCGCUACUCGUGGCUGAGUUCAAAGGUCGUUACGACUAUGUUAGCAUCACCAGAUCCAUAUAACACAACAGAAACUGUGGAGAUGUGCUGGGACGACUUUGGACUCGACUGGGCGCUGGGUGAAAUACGCAUUCGAUCCGGUUUACGGGUAUUCAUGCGCACAGCAUCUCGGUACGAUGACUCUCGCAUCCUCUUCUUGCCCGAUCUUCGACUUCGUGUAGUAUUAGACUGGAUUUGCACUGGUGAUCCUCAUGAUCAUCAUGCAGUGACGCUCUGUGCGCCACAUCGUUUGCCACAUUCUUUCCUGGAUCACGAUUCGUUCCGUGCUUUUCGGUCUUCCUCACUCGAUCUGUCGUUCUCUUUUGACGUGGCCGCCGGUGCUGAAAAUGGUGAAACUGGAGAUCGUAUCCCACACGUUCUUCUCUAUGCAAAUACAUUUUCGUUGCAUCGAAUUUCUUCUCUGGCAAGAGGCACAGUUACCACCAGUGUGGCUUGUAGACAGGAACCACGCAUAGCCAGGUGGCUGUGCCCACCAUUAUUUGAGCAUGUGACUGGCUCUAGAGUGGCCAAGAAGAAUACGUUGACAAUGAAAAAUCGAAAUGUACGAAAGGGUCGGCUAUUUGGAACUCCGCCCUACCCCAAACCACAACUCGGAAAGCAUUUUCGGAACGUCCAGGUGUCGCUGAAUUUCCCACGAUUUUACAUAACAUAUUGGAUGUCUCAUUCGUCGGACUACGGUUUCCGUGUAAUAUCCGAUGGUCUUAAUUUGCUUGCCUCGAUGAAAUUAACGGUGCAGGCUGAAGCUGAAUCGGGAAUCACCCGUAGGCGCAGUUAUGUGUGGAUCCCUCAGCAUGUGUCGGCAACUCUUUGGGGGACUCAGGUGCACGUCUAUAGCAACGGUCACGCACCAUCCGCUGACGGACUGUCGUCCAGUGACGAAGAAACAUUCCUUUUGGGCUUGACUCGAGUAUCUUAUGUCCGAGAAAAUAACCGCGGACGAGAUGCACCUCAGCAUAGGCUCACGGUCCAUGACCUUAAGGCCUCAUGGACAGCACAGAAUCGCGACGCUUGCAUUUCAAUAGCAGACGGAGUACAUCGCGCCCACAUGCUCCGCAGAAUUCUUAGCAAUGACGCUUUGAAAAUUCUCAAGUUGCACAUGGAAGAAGAGGGUCAGUCUUCCUCUUCGGAUGCACCACAGCCUGAUGGUUCCACCUCCAAGGAUGAUCGUGGUCAUCGCCGUGGCUAUAGCAUGUCUGACCACAACCAGUCUCUGCUCAAUCAAUUGAUUGGAGAAGCCAGUACAAAGCUUGUGGCCCACUGUGAACAGGCCGGAGAUCUUCCGACAGAUUCAUUGCUUGGAGCCCUGCAAUGCACAAUGGACGACGUUCGCAGCAUUAAUUGGCAGAUCGAUCUGCUAAACAGUCAAGUUGUGCUGAAGGGAUGUGAACGGGCUGGAUUUCGUGCUACUAACAGCUGCACGGGCCAGCGUGACACAGAAGGAAAGAAGUCAUGGUCUUCCAUUAUAUCGGGUAUGCAGUACUUUGCGCCCAUUUCUAUUGUCAACGGGCGUACUGUUGAGUCGUUCAGAUGGCUCACAAGAGAGGUGAUUGAAGAGAAGACUCCGGCUGGUGUGAUGGGUGACCCGUAUCUGCACCCAUAUAUUGGUGCAGGGGAAGCCGUAGGUGGUGUGGUAGAAGCAGAAGAGAUGUCAGAAAAAGUUCAACUGCAACGAAUUGUCUCAAGAUGCAGUUGUGAGAUAUAUUUCUGUUACUUCUCUGAAGAACUCAAGACAAACGCGCUCGAGGAGUCCGGAGUUCCUAAGGUCGAACAAGAAAGUGCCAUUGGUGGUGACGAGACUGGCGUGGAUUGUUUCACUCUCAAGCACAACAUGUUGGAAGCGAGUAGUAAUUCGGAGCAGUAUGAAAUGAUGGUUGACAUUGUGAACAAUCUGGUACUCUUCAUUGAUCCGAAAAAGAAAGAGUUGGCUGAGCGUAGAAGGAAACUGCAGUUCGCAUGUCAGAUGAUGGAUAUGAAGGAAAUGAGGGAGAAAAUUGUAGAACAACAGUCUGAGCUUCGCGAAAUCGUCUCCGUAGUACGGUCACUAGAGCGACAACUAUUCUAUCUGGACACCCAGUCGAAUGGAAAUGUCGAUGAACAAAAGCGAAAAGAAAUUGUUGACGAGAUGGAGGAAAACAAAGCAAGACAGUUGGAAGUCUCCGAUAAAUUAUCGAUCUAUAUUAGUUGCUACAAACAGCAUCAAGUAGAAGCCGCACGUGCAACUGUCUGUAGCAAACUGGAGGAAGAAGAUAUGCUGGCAGCUGUGGCUCGACGGUUCGAGGCACGUCCU